AUGAAAUUUGAAGGAAACAAGUCAAGGCCAAAGUCAAUUGCUAAUGAUUUUGGUGAGGAGGUCGCUGUAGAAGGCUCUGGAAUGGGGAAGAAGCAUAAUGAGGGUCCAUGUUUGGAGAAUGCAACUUUGAACUGUAUUUAUGAAGCUGUUAGCUGGGGAAUCUGGUUUGUUGAACUUAAAAGUUGGAGUUUGAUGUCUUCUUCAUCGAGUGACACAAUAGAUCCGGAUUAUGCAGAAUUUCUAGCUACUUAUAACCCAGAUAUGUAUGAAGAUUCAGUUAAUAACAAUUCAGAGGCCGAUUGUAUGAGUAAAAUGAAAACUAUUGACACAUUCUAUAAAAGAGUGGAUACAAAUGCUACAAGUGGUUCCUCUCCAAUUGAAGCAUCCAACCUCAAUGUUUCACCUCAAGAACAAGAACAAGAACAAUCUCAUCCAAAACGCCAAAGACUUCGUCAUGAAGAAAUGAGUUGUUCUCAAAUUGAAGUAGAUCCAGGAUUGCGACCGAUGAUUUGGGACUUUCCUGUAAAUCAAAGAGAUGAAAUUCGUCGUGCCUAUCUUAGACGUGGGCCAUGCCAACCUAUUCUUAUAACGUAUCCUUUAUCAAAUGAUGAUCAUCCUCGUCGUUUUAAAGCUUCUUGGUUUCAAUUAUUUCCUUCUUGGUUAGAGUACUCUCAUGAAAAAGAUGCUAUCUUUUGUUUCUCGUGCUACCUUUUUGGUAGAGAGGCAUCUAACCGUCCAGGUUCUAACUCUUUCGUUGAAAAAGGAUUUAAUACUUGGAAGAAGGCUUUGUUGUCACAUUCACAACAUAUUGAACAACAUAUUGUAAGACAACGUCCAGAAGUGAUUGAGAAGAAUCGACUUAGACUCAAAGCUAGCAUUGAUUGUGUAAGAUGGUUGACUUUUCAAGCUUGUGCAUUUAGAGGUCAUAAUGAAGAUACAACCUCUAAUAAUAGAGGAAAUUUCAUUGAGCUGUUGAGAUUUCUAGGAAAUGCCAAUCCUAAAGUGGAUAGAGUUAUCUUACAGAAUGCUCCAUCUUAUGCUAGAUAUACUUCAAGUGAUGUUCAAAAAGAGAUUCUGAAAAUAUUGGCCAACAUGGUGAGAAACUCAAUCAGGAAGGAGAUAGGAAAUGCAAAAUUUUGUAUCCUUACUGAUGAAGCUCGAGAUGAGUCAAAAAAGGAGCAAAUGGCGGUCAUCUUGAGGUUUGUAGAUGGUGAUGGUUUAGUUCAAGAACGAUUCUUUGAUGUUGUCCAUGUUAGAGAUACUAGUGCAAUGACCUUGAAAAAUGAAUUGGUAUCUGUUCUUUCUCGUUUCAACCUUGAAGUUGAAAAUAUCCUAGGUCAAGGAUAUGAUGGUGCUAGUAAUAUGCGCGGUGAAUGGAAUGGCUUGCAAGCUUUGAUUCUUAGAGAUUGUCCUUAUGCUUAUUAUGUGCAUUGUUAUGCUCAUAGAUUGCAAUUGGCAUUGGUUGCGGCAUCAAGAGAAGUAGUUCAUAUUCAUGAAUUUUUUACGCAACUCACACUUGUUGUAAAUAUUGUUACUGCUUCUUCUAAAAGGCAUGAUCAAUUGCAAGCCGCUCAAGAAAUUAACAUCACAAAUAUGAUUGCUAAUGAUGAACUUCAAACGGGUAAAGGUGCAAAUCAAGUGGGUACAAUCCGGAGAGCUGGAGCUCUCAUUUUCAAUCCAUUUGUAGCUUAA